AUGUCCUCGUCCAGAGGCGAGAACAAGGGGGACGUGCUGGUGACAAAGGCGAUCCCGGGUGCUGGCGGGGGCACCGAACAUCGCCUCAUCAUCCCGAGAUGCGGAUUUUCCUACGGCCUUGCAGAAGAUCUCAAGGUAAGCGCCCCCGGGUAAGCUGAAUAUUGUUUUGUCGUCUUUGCCUGCUCACGAUCUUCAUUUCAGCAACGAGCUAGCUCAACGGCUGAGCAACCUUCCAGUCGCUGCCGCCGCUGACGAGAACGCCUCAGCGGAGAACCGAUGGUGUCAACUACAGCAAACAGUCCAGUCGACAGCCCUGACCGUCCUCGGUCACGCACUUCGCAAACGCCAGGACUGGUUCGACGACAACGACUCCGCCAUCAACAACCUGCUCGUCAAGAAGAACCGCCUACACAAAGCUUACGUCGACCGCCCAACCGACGACAUCAAAGCAGCCUUCUGCCGUAGCCGCAGCCUUGCGCAACAGCAGUUUCACGAAAUGCAGGACGCUUAG